UGUAAUUUUUUGUUACAAUUUGUGCUUGUCAUCUCGAAAGUUUUAGAUUUUCUGAUAAGUUCAUAUUACCUUACUAAACUUAAAGCAAUAUUCAAUUAUUAUUAAAAUAAUAAUGCCUGCGUCUUCAGCACUUUUUGGAAGUAGUGUAACCGGUCCUGGAUCUACUCAUGGGGCCAAACAUUUAAUUGAACAGAAAGCGGGUAGAAUGCAUUUAAAAGGAAAAAUGGUAUAUCCUGAUAAACGAAAAGGUAUGCUCUACAUAUACCAGAGCGAUGAUUCUCUAAUGCAUUUUUGUUGGAAAGAUCGUACAACUGGUGUUGUUGAAGACGACUUAAUCAUUUUCCCCGAUGAUUGUGAAUAUGUUCGAGUGCCUCAAUGUACAACUGGUCGAGUUUAUUUGCUUAAAUUUAAGUCAUCAAAUAGGCGCUACUUUUUCUGGCUUCAAGAACCCCGUACUGAUAAGGAUGAAGAAAGUUGUAAGAAAAUCAAUGAUUUUUUAAAUAAUCCACCCGGUCCAGGUGGUGUUGGUAGUGGUAAUAGCGGAUCAAGUUCUGCUGCUGGUCUUGGCGGAGCUGAUCAAGAUUUGCAAUCACUCCUUAAUAAUAUGUCUCAGACUCAAUUACUACAAUUGUUUGGUGGUGUUGGUCAAGGAUUAAGCAAUUUAUUGGGAACAAUGAGCCGUCCAAAUACUGGUGGCAAUUCACGUCAACCAGCAACUACUCCAUCUGUCCAACGUUACAACUCAACAACAACUCCUUCAAAUAAUUCAACAACGGGCACAACUGGUACAACUCCUUCAAGUAUCACCACCCCAACUCCAGCUAGUGCAGUAGCGGUUGAUUUAUCAUCAGCGUUAACAACGGAAGCUCUAUCAGGAAUAUUAAAUGAUUCAGAAGCCUUGAAUCAAUUACAAGAGCAUUUACCGGAUGUUGGUGGCUCUCGACAAGACCAAUUGCGUUCUACGUUACAAUCACCACAAUUUCAACAAGCUGUAUCAAUGUUCUCAAGUGCUUUACAAUCUGGACAAUUAGCUCCAGUCGUUGAACAAUUUUCCGUAAAUCCUGAAGCAGUGUCAGCAGCAAGCCAAGGUGAUUUACAAGGUUUUGUUCAAGCAUUAGAGAAAGGAACGGAAAAUUCAACAACUACUACAGGUAAUAGUGCUACACCAAAAGCUGAUUCAUCCACGAAGAAAAACGAUAAAACUCCUCAGAGUGGAGGUGAUGAUAAAAAAAUGGAUGAUGAUGAAGAUGAAGGCAUGCAAUUAGGAUAGCCAGCCGAUUCGAUUUGCAUUUCUUUUUGUUUUUUUGAUUAGCAUUUAGAAAGUUUUUAUACAAAUAGUUUUGAAUAUUAACUAACAACACAAUUAUUACGCAUUAUUAUGAAGAAAAAAAUUCUGUAACCAAAUUGAAAUAAAUACACUAAU